AUGCCAAUGCUCGUGCAAAGAGACAAUGCGCCGACAUCGAUAUUCGGCGACUCGACAGGUCCUCCACCAGUACGCAACAAGCCUCCCACGUCGAACGAGAACUUCUUUCGCAGUGUAUCGAAUUUCUCCAGCUUGAACCUGAACGAGCGCAACCAACCUAGCGUCCCCGCCGAACCUGGAGAUGAGGUCUUGAAGGAUUACGAUAACCUGUUCAGGACCAUGUACCAGUAUAACCCUGUGCUUGACUCUGUCAAUAUCGCCACCGCCUAUACCGAAUGCAAAGCACUACUCCACCUGGCCGACAUGUACGAUGCGCUUGAGAUUGCUGGUCCCAGGAUCGAUCAUCACCUGUUACGAUUCGGCAGCAGACUGUUCAAGCAGAUCGCAAAGUACCCUCCAUCAUACCUGAAGUUAGGCUACCUGGCUCGAUCACGGACAAUCUUCACAGAAGCGAUGAUACACGUCGUAGGACAGUGGCCAGCCGCAGCACCUCAAUUGCGUGGUCAGGUGGAGACCAACGUGAUGGAGCUUCUUGAGGACAAGGUCGACGAACUGCGCGAGUUAGAGGAGCGAGUCGAAUCCAAGCUCUGGCGAUUGAACCUCACAACAAGCAGAGGCGAAAGAGUGAACCCAAGCAACGACUUUCUAAGCUGGCUCGCAAUGUCCCUGUUCAGGCAAUGGCUAGCAGAAAACACAACACCAGGCCCAACAGGCAUCCUAAAAGAACCCACCAGACCAGGAAGCAACGCAGGCCCCCAAACCACCCGCGCCGCCAGCCGCAGCAGCAACCACGUCGCCUCCCAACGCGUCCAACAACACCCCGCCCCCCAACCACCCCCCAUCCCCACUGGCCGCAUCUACCGCAUUCUCGGCUCCCCCGACCCCUCCGGCUACCUCACCCGCGACGAGCUCAAACGCUUCCUCAAAUCCCCCUCGGGCCAACUCGGCAUGGAUUUCUACACGCGCGACAACCUCAAACGCUUCGAGCGCCGCAUCGAGGAGAUUAAGAAUCUGGCGCGGGAUGCGGUGAAGCCGCUGAUGCGGAAUUUCUUGGAGCUGGAUCUGAGGGAUUUUGGGAGUGGCGGGUUGGGGUAUUUGACUUGUAUGAGGGUCGAGGAGAGGGAUUUGCCGUGGGAGGAGUAA